AUGAAUCAGCCCUUUGGCGACUUUGGAGAGAACCUCUCAUUCUACGGCUCCGCCUCCUACUCGGGGGGGGCGGGCGCGAAGAGCGGCGAGUCUUUCGGGAUGAUUUCCUUGGAUCCGAGCAACCCGGCCGGCGAGUGCGCGCCGCCGCCCAAGACAGAGUCUUCCAGCAUGCAGAACUUGAUCUUCGGCAAGAUAUUUGAGGGCAAAGGCAGCGGGGCGGACACGACCUUCGCCUCGACGCGCAGCUCUUCUGCCUUUGGCUCCUUCACUGACAAGAGCUGGAACCCGCUGAGCAAACCGCCUCGGGGGUCAAUGGACAACGUCGCCGCCGCCUUGGCGCAGGCUGGGAGGAGCGGCCUUCCUGGCCAGAACGCCGCCAACGCGCAGGAGGAGCAAGGUCUGCUGGCCUCAGGCAUGUCGGCGGUCAAAGAAGGGGCGACCCGCAUUCUCGGCGGCGCCCAGACCGUCGUCGCCGCGACUACGCAGUCCGUCACAGAGUCGCCCCUCUCCACGCAGCAUCUCCUUCUCUUUGGUCUCGUCGCAGGCGUCGGAGUGCUCUUCAUGUUUCUCGCCUUCCUCACCCUGCCUCUGCUCGUCUUCGCCCCCGCCAAAUUCGCCCUCCUGUUCACGAUGGGAUCCGUCUGCUUCAUGGUCAGUCUCGCGUUGCUCCGCGGCGUCACGGCCCUCGUCGCUCACCUCUCCGAAGCUGCAAGGCUACCGUUCACGAUCGCAUACGGUCUGUCUCUCGUUCUCACUCUCUACGCAACACUGUGGGCAAAGUCUUACGUCCUUACUCUCAUCUUUUCGGUCGUGCAAAUGCUGGCACUCGCCUCGUUCUUGGUGUCGUACAUUCCGGGUGGGAAGCACAUGCUCAAGUUCAUCGGGGGGGCCGCGUGGCAGAUGGUGAAGAAGUUGUGCAACUGCAAGGACGCGAGAGAUCUGCAGUUGCCGUUGUAG